AUGUUGUUAUUUACCAAAACAUGCAUUCUUUUAGUUUUCAUCAGCAUAAAAAGAGUUUUUUCAGAUAAUAACGAAAUUUUAGAUCUUAUUCAAAUAUUUUCUCCUUUGCAUGAUGAAGAUCCAUUGUUUUUAUACGAAUUUAUUAAUGAGGAAUAUCAUCAUCAAUUAAACAAAAAAGUUUACGACCUAAAACUUAAACUAGAAAAUAAUAAAAAACAUUUAUCUUAUUAUCUUGCAGCUUUUUUAACUUCGAACGACUUUCAUAACAGCAACAAUUGCAUAACAAAACUAAAAAAACUCUGUAUUAGUGAAGUAAAAAUAUUGAAUAGUGAUAUUUCUCGUAUUUGUAGUAAUCCUCAACCACUAUGUGCUUUAAAUACUCAAAUGUCUAGUAUGGUAGAGGAAAUUAAAAAUCUUUUGGAUAGUAAAAAAACAAAUUAUCAUAAUCGAUGUAGCAAACUGCAAACAGAUUGUUUUUUCUUAGGACAACACUAUCCAGAUCUUUCUACAAAAUGCGAUAAACUAAAAGAAUAUUGUUAUAAUGAGGCCCGCAUGGAAAUAACAAAAGUAAUUAUGAAUAGGUUUUUGAAAGAAACACAUAAUUACUCUUCUUGUUUAGAAAAACUCAAAGGAAAAUGUCUAUUAUUUAGUCAUCAAAGUCCAGAGUUUUUUAGUUUAUGUAUUAAUAGUUCUAAUAUUUGUAAAAAAAUUAUUUCAGAAACUAAAGAGAAUUGUCAAAAUCUUCAAAAUCAAUUUUUAUUGAAACAUAUAGAAACAACAUAUCAGAACUGCAUGGUUUGGUUAAAAAAAUGCUAUUAUAACGUUUUGGAUUGUCGAAAUAUUUAUCAUAUGUGCCGUUUAUUUCAAACAAAUUGUGCAGAAAAUGGUUUUUUUUUCAAUUUUAACAUUAAUUAUGAUUUUAAUCUUAAAAAUUUACCUAUCGAUGUUGACGAAAACACAAUUCAAUACGGCUAUGAAAAGUUAAAUCAAUUAGGUAUUUAUAUUGAUAAAAUGCCAUUACUUCCGAAUGAAGUAGUUGCUAGUAUUUUAAUUCAACGUGUUAAUGCACAAGCCAAUGAGUGCGAAAAAGAAUUAAAUAAAAAAUGCCCUUUAGCAGGUUAUUUAGAUGUUUUUAAAAAUGUAUGUAAUAAAACUAACAGUAAACAUGAUGUUUGCACAAAGAUAUAUUAUAAUAGUCAAUACUAUUUUAGAUCUUAUUUAAGAAAAAUCAAUGAUAAUAAUUUUUUAUCAAUUCCACAAAGUUUUUUUUCAAAAAAAUCUGUGGAAUACUUACCACUAUGUUAUUUUUUUAAUAAACAAUUUAAUACCUGGGUCAAAAAUGAUUUCUGUAGAACAGUACGGCUUACCUGUUAUCAAACAGAUUUAGAAACAGAAACUGAUAUGAUUUUAAUAAGGAAAUUAAAUGAAAAAAUAGGCUCAAUAGAUUAUGGAUCUUCGGGUUAUAGCCUAACUAAGAAUUGCAAAGCGCGUCUUUCUCUAAUAUGUAAAGAAGUUAUGUAUUACAAUUAUUAUAUACUACGCAAAUGUUUGCAUCUACAAGAAACGUGUACAAAAUUAACACUCCUUGUUGAUAAGAAAUGUGAUAAAUUAGGAGAGACUCUAAAAAAGAUGAAUGAGUAUACAAUUACUUCUUGUAGAAAGCAAAGAAAAGAAUGCGAUAAUUUGAAAUUAUGUUCAACAUCUAUUGUAAGUUUAUGUCGAAACCUCAAAAGAUACUGCAGUGAUAUGGAUGAACUUAACAAGAUAAGAUUAGAAAUACUGAAAAAUAGUAGCGUUUUAUUACAAAGUCUGCCAAUUUGUGUCAGUCAUCUUGAAAGCUAUUGUUCAAAAAAUCGUCUACGUUAUACUUAUAUGUGUACUAAUAUAUUAAAGGCAUGUAAAGAAAUACUCAAUGAGAUGAAGGAAGAUUGUGGAAAAUUAUUACGACAUAUUGAUAAUUAUAAAAAAUUUCUUAAUAGAGUAUCUUAUACAACUUAUAGUCCUUGUCCUCAUCUCAUGCAUUACUGUGUUUUGUAUAUAGGGGCUUGUCCUUCUUUGAAUAGUCUCUGUUCUAAAAUUGCUGAAAAGUGUAAUGCUGUAUCAGAAAAAACUAAGGAUCUUAGUGCAUUAGCUAAGGCAUUUGGAGGAAUAUCUAGUAUUUCUGAAUGUAAAGAAAAAAUGAAAGAAUGCAAAAAUUCUACAGACCAAAAGAAAAAACAACAGUGCAACAGCUCUAUUCAAUGUGAAACUUUAAUAUCAUAUUUAGAAAAAAUAUGUGAUACACUCGCAUUAAAAGCAUUUAUAUAUUAUUAUACUAAAUUUGAUUCUAGCACAGAGUGUAAAAAAAUAAAAUCUUUAUGUUCAUCUAUAGGGUCUUCUUGUUCUGGGAUUAACAAUAGAGUUUCUUAUGUAUGCAGUAAUCUUACUGUUAAAUGCAAGCCACCAUCACCACCACCACUACCGCCACCACCGCCACCGCCACCGCCACCGCCACCACAACCACAACCACAACCACAACCACCAGUACCACCAGUACCACCAGUACCAUCACCACCAGUACCAUCGCCACCAGUACCACCACCACCAGUACCACCACCACCAGUACCACCACUACCAGUACCACAACCGCAGCCACCAAAACCACCACAACCACAACCACAUCCACAGCCACCACCGCCACUACCAAAGCCAUCAGAACCAAAACCAUCAAAACCAAAACCAAAACCGACAAAUUCAACUACAAGCUUAACUACAAGUUUACCGACUACAGAUUCAUCACCUGCAGCUCCGCCAACUACAUCAAGCUCACCGACUACACAUAUACCAACUACAGACACAUCGGAUAUAUACACGUCAAUUACAGGCACAUUGGAGACAAGUACAUUAGAUACAGACACAUUAAUUACAGAUACAUCUACAGACACAUCUACAGACACAUUUACAGAGACAUCUACAGACACAUCUAUAGACACAUCUACACAUGCAUCUACACGUACAUCUACAGACACAUCUACACGUACAUCUGCACGCACAUCUACACGCACAUCUAAAGAUACAUCGAUUACACGUUCAUCAACAUCCACACAUUCAAGACAUAAACCAACAAUAUCACCAAGUGACCAUGGAGAAGGCUAUGGACUCAAAGCACAGGGAUUACAAAUGAUAAAAUUGAUUUUGGAAAUUGUAGGAAUAAUAUUGGGACUAUGGAUAAUUAUUUAA